CGGCAUCCAUCGUGACACCCACAGCAGCCAUCCACAAAUUUGGAAUCAGACUGCCAACAAUGAUCAACAUACUAACUUUCUUAUGUCUGAUUCCUAUUGGUUUCGCAUUUAUUGAUCAGUGCCAUUUUCGUCCAAAAGGAAGGACAAGCCAGUCUAAGUGCAGGAUUUCGUCGUCAUCGCGUCGUUUUUUAACACCCCUAGCGGAAUUCGACGAGUCGAUUUCUUUCUUUUCGGAGUCCGAGAAAUACAGAUGCUGCAUAGACGAUAAGGGAUUUUUUUCUGCGAGGCACGGUAGUAGCGAUGGCUCUGAUCGCUAUGAACUAGGGCUGGUCGAAGAGGAGGAAUUGCCUGACCUCUGCAAAUUCAUCAUUACGGCAUUCGGAGCCGAAGCAAUUCAGUUAGCAUCCGAUAUGAACAGUUUCGAACGAAUGUUGCUAAAUCCAGCAGCAGAAUUUCUGAAUGGCUACUCUGGGUUGGUGGCAUUUGCUGAAGUCUUUUCUGGGACGAAACAAAGGUUGGCAGAUCGAUUUCAGGAAAAUCCUUCCCUGGUCGACAUUUCUGCACCGGAUCUAAAAGGGCUAUCACGAGAGGAACAGAUCCGAAAAGCUGAACGUGACUCGCUUGUAUUAAUAUUGGGAAAGCCAUCAAAUGAUGCCAGCAGAUCGAUAGAGGUGAUUGCAUCGAUCGAGCUUCGAUUGCAACCGUGUGAUGCAAAAAUUCCAUUCAGUAUACCCUGGUUGGACCGUGUAGAACGACGAAUUGGUUCUUUGAUCGGUUUGGGAAACAACGGCAAUGGAGCGGGAACCAACGAUAUGCAACCGUAUUUAAGCAAUCUUUGUGUAGACGAGAAAUUUCGUGGUCAAAAGAUUGGACGAGGGCUAGUGAGAUGCGUAGAAAAUAUCGCCAAGAACUCUUGGGGCUACAAUCGUAUGUAUUUGCAUGUCGACGAAGACAAUCCGGCGGCCCUUAACCUGUACAAGAGCGAAGGUUACAGCGAUGUUGGCCAUCGAUGGAAUCCCUUCUGGAGUGGAGGAGCUUCCGAAAUUGGUUAUUAUGUGAAAUCAUUGUCAUCGACUCCGUGAAGCUUCUUUAGAAGAAUUCAGUUGACACUAAAAAGUGAGCGAAUCGCACUUGCAUCUUGUGAUUAUCAAUAAUACCAUUAUGUUAUG